GCAAUAUAAAUUAUAAUGGAUAAACAAUUGGAAACAAGAUAUCGUUGCAUAAACCGAUACAAUAAUUUACGUGAUAAUUUUUUAAAAAUAGCUAGUCUACAUGUUACUGAUGAUAAACUUAAUGAAUUAAAAUUAUUUUAUGAUAAAAUAAUAAAUUCAAAACGUGAAACAGAUAGAAUAAAUGAUGUCAUUGGACUUUUAAAAAUUCUCGAACGACGUGCUGUUCUUAGUUUCAAAUCAAUUGAGCCAAUUAAAUAUAUUUCUGAUGAAUUUAUAAAAGAUCCUUGUCUCAAUCAACAAAUACAAAAUUAUUUGCAAGAUCUUUCAAUCAAUGAGACUGCUAAUGCCUUUGUUGAUUUUAAUAUAUACAAGUCUCAAUCUGUACUGGAACCAACAGCAUCAGCAACAACAGCAACAUCAACAUCAAGUAACUUGACAAAUAAAACACAUAAUACUUUUCUUUUUCCUUCUCAUCCAACAACAACUACAACAACAACAACCACAACAACAAUAAUACCAAAAGUCAUGCAAAGUAUUGCACCUUAUUACGUGAAAAAUCAAAAUGAUUUUGAUAGUCAAAGUGGUCAAUCAAUUGAUUUACAAAACAAAGUAUUUGAAAUAUUAAGUGAAAAUCUUGGAAGAUAUUGGACUGAAGUUGCAAGAUUUUUGGACAUCAAAGAAGGUGAAAUUGAUAGAAUUCAUCAAAAUAAAAAUUUUGGAUUUAAAGAAAAAUCAAUAGAGGUUUUUAAAUUAUUCAAAUCAAGACGUGGAGCAUAUAAUAAUUGGCAACAAAUAUUAAUACGUGCAUUGAAUGAUGCACGAAGAAAAGAUCUCGUUUACCUAGUUGAGGAAUUAAUUAUGAAUGAAAAAUAACUUGUUAAUUUUUGUAACAAUAUAUAAUUGUUGUUGUUUUUAUUUGUGGAAUAAAAAAAAAAGAAAAAAAAAAAACCAAAAGAACAAA